UCUUUUCUUGCAAGACUUGCAUGCUCUCGUCUUCCUUUCUAAAAUAAUAUCCCGAAUCAUUUCCCCAAUAUUCCAGGACGGUGUAGCCGCCGGCGCCGAUCGCCUUUGCGCCCUCACGACCUUCUGCGUCAUCGGCGAAGUGCAGAUGUAUCUCCACGUAUGUAAUUAGAUUGGCAAGCAGAUGAGGUUUUUCAAGAGGAUCGCGGGGUUUCUAGGGUUUGCGAAGGCCGAAGGGGAAGACGAUGUUGAUGCUGAUGGGAACGGAGUAGACCCUCAUCUUACUCGUAAAGGCUUUAGCGUGGCUGUUCAAGUACCCGUUGACAGGCCUCAACUUGGACCGGUUCUCGUUCCUUGUAGCGUUGGCAGCGGUGGUGUCCAGGGUUUGAGAUGGCACGCAAGGCGUCUUAGGAUAGAUGAAGAUGGAGAUGUUGCAGACGAGUUCCUUGAUGAGAUUUUGCCAUUGCCAGAGUCGUUGCCUGGGCAAAAUGAUCAGCACCAAUCAUUUCCGAAAUUUGAAGUGAAAUACAAUGCCAGACUAGCCACAGUAAAGAAGCAAGAACUUGCCGAUGGUAGAGUCCGACAUAGAGUGGAGUUCCAAGGCAGAUUGCAGUGGGUCUGAUUGACAUUAGAUAUCCAUUAGAUUUUCUGCGGGUAUUUCUUCCUGUUUUGUUUCUUGGUAAUGUUUUGUGUAAUCCAUCUGAUUCUGACCUUGUCCCCCCCCCCCCCC